UUUCCGAAUUGCUGGUCACGUCUGUGCUCCCUACUCAGUGCAAUGUCAGACUCACUACGUUUGUUUGCUUGUUGCACCGGACCCAAUUCAUCCCAUACGAGUGCGGAACUUUUGAGAUGGCAACGCAAACGGAACCGGGAAAUUGAACGGGAUUUGAAAAAAGAAAAAGACAAACUUCGCAGACGCCAAAUGAUUCUCUUGCUCGGCACAGGUGAGAGUGGGAAGAGCACGUUUUUGAAACAGAUGAAAAUUAUCAAUGGCAAACGAUUCUCCGUGAAGGAAAUGGAACAAUUGAAGGAUAUUAUCUACGACAACAUUUACAAAGGUGUACUCUUUUUACUCCAAAAUCAUAAAGAACUAUCUGCUUUGCCUGCCGUAGUUCUCGAAGGAAGUCAUUUGAAGAUGAACGGUUGGUGUAAAGGGGAUGAAGAACUGAAUUUAAUCGGUAUUCUAUCUCAACGGUUCUCCAGACUCGGGUCCUGA